AUGGCUUCCGACACCAAGCCCGCCGAAGAGAAGCCCGCUGAGCAGAAGCCCGAGCAGAAGCCCACCGCCCUAGGCGAGGAUGACGAGUUCGAGGACUUCCCCGUCGAUGACUGGCCAGAGGAUCAGACUGAGGCUGCUCAAGGCAGCGGCGAGACGAAGCACCUGUGGGAGGAGAGCUGGGACGAUGACGACACGACCGAUGACUUCUCGGCGCAGCUGAAGUGGGUUGCCCUUGAUCCCCCCUCAAGUCCAAGAUUCGACUGGACAGAUUCGAUUCGACAGAUCCAAUCUCGAAACGUCUUGUGGCAAUAUUUUGACGACACUGGCUAA